AUGGGGUGCAAAGUUCUGCUCAACAUCGGGCAUCAGAUGCUGCGAAGGAAGAUCGUGGACUGCAGCCGGGAGGAGAGCCGGCUGUCUCGCUGCUUGAACACUUUUGACCUGGUGGCACUGGGGGUGGGCAGCACGCUGGGUGCUGGCGUGUAUGUCCUGGCUGGAGCUGUGGCCCGUGAGGACGCGGGCCCCGCCAUUGUCAUCUCCUUCCUGAUUGCAGCGCUGGCCUCGGUGCUGGCUGGCCUCUGCUACGGCGAGUUUGGCGCUCGGGUCCCCAAGACGGGCUCGGCCUACCUCUACAGCUACGUCACAGUCGGGGAGCUCUGGGCCUUCAUCACUGGUUGGAACUUAAUCCUCUCCUACAUCAUUGGUACUUCAAGUGUAGCAAGAGCCUGGAGUGCGACGUUUGACGAGCUGAUUGGCAAACCCAUUGGGGAGUUCUCGCGGACGCACAUGGCUCUGAAUGCCCCCGGAGUGCUGGCCGAAAACCCAGACAUAUUUGCUGUGAUCAUCAUUCUCAUCUUAACAGGACUUUUAACUCUCGGUGUGAAAGAGUCGGCCAUGGUCAACAAAAUAUUCACUUGUGUCAACGUUCUGGUCUUGGGCUUCAUAAUGGUGUCAGGAUUUGUGAAAGGAUCGAUUAAAAACUGGCAGCUCACAGAGGAGGAUUUCCAGAACACAUCCAGUCAUCGCUGCUUAAACAAUGACACAAAACAAGGGACACUUGGUGCUGGUGGAUUCAUGCCCUUUGGAUUCUCUGGUGUCCUGUCGGGGGCAGCGACCUGCUUCUAUGCCUUUGUGGGCUUUGACUGCAUCGCCACCACAGGCGAAGAAGUCAAGAACCCUCAGAAGGCGAUCCCCGUGGGGAUCGUCGCGUCCCUCCUGAUUUGCUUCAUCGCUUACUUCGGGGUGUCUGCCGCCCUCACGCUCAUGAUGCCAUACUUCUGCCUGGACAAGGACAGCCCCCUGCCUGACGCCUUCAAGCAUGUGGGCUGGGAAGGUGCCAAGUACGCGGUGGCCGUCGGCUCCCUCUGCGCUCUUUCUACCAGUCUUUUAGGUUCCAUGUUUCCCAUGCCUCGAGUCAUCUACGCCAUGGCUGAAGAUGGACUGCUAUUUAAAUUUUUGGCCAAAAUCAACGAUAGGACCAAAACACCAAUAAUCGCCACAUUGACCUCAGGUGCCAUUGCUGCUGUGAUGGCCUUUCUCUUUGACCUGAAGGACUUGGUGGACCUCAUGUCGAUUGGCACUCUCCUGGCUUACUCUUUGGUGGCUGCCUGUGUGUUGGUCUUACGGUAUCAGCCAGAGCAACCUAACAUGGUAUACCAGAUGGCCAGAACUACCGACGAGCUCGAUCAAGUGGACCAGAAUGAACUGGUGAGCACCAGUGAUUCCCAGACAGGCUUUUUACCAGAAGCAGAACGGUUUUCUUUGAAAACCGUACUCUCACCCAAAAAUAUGGAGCCUUCCAAAUUCUCCGGGCUAAUUGUGAACAUUUCAACUAGCGUCAUAGCAAUUCUUAUCAUCACCUUCUGCAUUGUGGCCGUGCUCGGAAAGGAGGCUCUGACAGAAGGGGAGUUGUGGGCAAUCUUUAUGCUUGCCGGAUCUGUCCUUCUCUGCUCCCUGGUCACAAUCAUCAUCUGGAGGCAGCCUGAGAGCAAGACCAAGCUUUCAUUUAAGGUCCCCUUCCUGCCGCUACUUCCCGUCCUGAGCAUCUUUGUGAACAUCUAUCUCAUGAUGCAGCUGGACCGAGGCACGUGGGUCCGCUUUGCAGUGUGGAUGCUGAUAGGCUUCAUCAUCUACUUUGGCUAUGGUUUGUGGCACAGCGAGGAGGCGUCCCUGGCCGCUGACCAAGCAAGGACUCCUGAUGGCAAUUUGGACCAUUGCAAGUGACACGCAGCCCAGCCCCCAGAGGUGGCAGCAGCCCUGAGGGAUGCCCGCAGAGGUCCUGGGAGCACCUCAUUCUCUCCACCAGUGCAUCAGGACCCACCCACAUCUACAAAGCCCCCACGCAGCAGAAGGUGCAGCUACUUGAAAUGCAGCCUCAGCCCACAGCCCGUGUGUCCUGCCUAGACUUGCUCUGCGGCAGGUGCACAGGGGCCCGUCACCUCGGACAGCUCCCUGGCGGGGGGCCACUUGGCUGCAGCUGGCCACUGUGGCUCCUAACAUCCCUCUGAACACAGAAAGCAGCCCCCGUCCCCGCCAGCUCCAUGCCCAUGCUGCUGUGUCCUCAGGCAGAAUGGAGGUCACUGUUUCUUAUCACCUUGGGGAAUCUGGGCCUCCCUCCCCAGGGACCAUGCUGGUAUUGAAAAUGUGUACACUCCA